GGCGCAAGGGCUGUGCGGCUCCAGCUCCGGCUUCUGCUUCUUCUGGAUGGUUUUAAUAACGCAUUGAGCAAAGCACAGACUCGGGAAAAUAACUCUGCAAUGAAUAAGCAUCACCUUUACGAAAAGAAUAAAUGCCUGUGCGAUGAUGACAUCCUACAAAGAAGUCCAAAGAAACAAAUAAAACUAGAGGAAGAUGAAAGCGUAAAUGAUGAAGACUCGGAUGCAGAUGUAGGAGAGUUCUCUCAUCCCAUUCCUUGGCAAAAACUUGAAGCAGAGGAACUGGACUGUGAUUAUGCGUUGCUCUUCUCAAAAGGGGAAGCAGAUGAUCUCUUCACACGGCUGGAGGAAGAGGUGGUGUACUCAGCAGGAGACGAUGCAAAGGUCCAAGUGUUUGGAAAGGUGUAUAACAUACCCAGAAAACAGGCAACCUAUGGAGACACAGGCCUAACUUAUACUUAUUCUGGGAUAACACGUUCAGCCAGCCCAUGGACUCCAACUUUGGAAUACAUCAGAGAGACGGUCACGAAAGCAACAGGACAGACAUUUAAUUUUGUGUUGAUAAACAGGUACAAAGACGGGCGGGACCACAUGGGUGAGCAUCGAGAUGACGAGAAGGAGCUGGACCCGUCCUGUCCCAUCGCCUCCGUGUCUUUAGGAGCAGCUCGAGAUUUCGUCUUCAGGCACAGAGACUCUCGAGGCAAAGGAAGCAGCCGUCAGAUUGAGCCCGUGAAGCUGGAGCUGGCUCACGGAAGCCUGCUCCUCAUGAACCCGCCGACCAACACCUUCUGGUACCACAGCCUUCCUGUUCGGAAGAAGGUCCUCUCGCCUCGCAUCAAUCUCACCUUUAGACGCAUCUUACUGAGCAGAAAUUAAAAUCUGGACUGUUAUUAAAGCUGCUUCAUAAAGCGAUAGAAGGUGGUGGCACUCAGAUCACGCUUCAAUCAACAAAAUGUUUUCACACAAGAAAUAAAAAGCUUAACUAAA